CUUCCGCCCCCGAGGUCAAGGGUUAAUAAUCGUGGCGCAAGACCCUCUGGGACUUGUAGUUCAGCCUAGGGUGGGCGGAGCAGCCGCCAGUCUCUCUUGCCAGCCCUGACAUCCCCUCCCCUCCCAGCCAGUCUCCCGAGUUUGCGCGGAGGCCACCAGUCCAGCCCCUCGGGGCCCUCCUUUCCCCACAAGCAGCUUCGAGGAUGCACUGACGCCGCGUUGCCAUGGCCUCAGCAGGGGCUGAAAAGCAGCCUGGGGCCCAGGAGGCCAUGGGGCCGGCACAGCUCCCAGAGGUGUCCAGUGGCUGCCCUCAGACCUCUGAGUGUCUAGUAACGGGAAACCAGCGCCUGGUGCCAGUGCAUGAAGCCUGCCAGAUUCAGGGGGAGGACAAGUGUCCAACAGGUGCAGCCUUAGAGCCAGAGCUCCAGGAGGGACUCAAGCAGGAGGCGGAGAGGCUCAAGGCAGAGGGGGAGGCACCAGAGGAGAGAGGCCCCAGGCCAGCAGCCUCCCUUGUGAGGCCCAGCCAUUGCCUGAAGAGGAAGCCAAUCAACCUCCCAGGGCCUAGCCACCAUGCCCAUUCUAGGACCGAAGCUGACCUGCCACCGGGGCUGCCACUGCAGAAGGAGGAGCCAGAGGGCAGCCCGAGUGAGCCUUUACCAUCUGCCAAACAGCACAAAAAAGCCAAAAAGCGCAAGAGUCUGGGGGCUCCCAUGCUCCCAGCUGUGGCCUGCACAGUAACUGCACCCUCAGAGGCCUUGGGCCUGGAGCGAAAGGCCCAGCGCCUACGGCCUCUGUACCAGUACAUCAACUACUGCAACCCUGAGCUGAACCAAGCAGUGGAGGGGGACAAUGUGGCCAAGGCUGAGGUGGAGGCUGAGUCAGAGCUGGCCCUGAUUCCCGAGGAGGCAGGUGUGGAGCAACUGCAGGCCUUGCUGCCCAUGGCAGGUGAGCUGGGCUCAGGCCUUGCAUUGCCGUGCUCCAGUAUGUUAGUUCCCUCCACCCAUGCUCUGGCUCCCCUAGGAGAAGAGGCUGGAGAGGAGCCUGGGGGUUUAUCCAGCCUUGGGGUGACUGGCCACCUCAAGGCCGAGGUGGAUAAGUCAACCCAGGUGGACAUUGACAAGAUGCUGAGUGUCUGCGCUGCUCCGCUUGUCCCUCCCCUCUCCCCUCAGUACAAGUGACUGUCCCAUUUCACUGGUGGUUCCUCUGCCACGCCUGAAACAGGACAACCACCUAUAGACCCAGGCCCUCAGGUGGAAAGGGGGAAUUUGGCACCUUCCCAAGACUUGGGGUCUUGGGCUUACUGGAAAUAAAC